AUGUUUGCCAGAUCCUCUCUUCGUAAGAGCUCCGCCGUCAUGGCUGCUCGUGCCGUGGUCCGUACCCAAACCAAGGCCAGCACUAUCAGAUGCUUCAGUUCCAUCAACACCUCUAACAAAGUUAACAACAACUACCAACAAUCCCAACGUCUCCAGCCCUUGAGAUCUUUCCACUCUUCUGUGUCCCAAUGGAACGCCCAAAUCGUCAAGGUCCCAGAUAUGGCCGAAUCUAUCACCGAAGGUUCCCUUAAGGAAUUCACUAAACAAGUUGGUGACUAUGUUGCCGCAGAUGAAACCAUCGCUACCAUUGAAACCGAUAAGAUUGACGUCGAAGUCAACUCCCCAAUCGGUGGUACCAUCAAGGAAUUUUUCUUUGCUCCAGAAGACACCGUUAACGUUGGUGACAACUUGCUUAGUAUCGAACCAGGUGCAGCUCCAGCCGGCGGUGCAGCCCCAGCUGCCGCUGCUCCAAAGGAAGAAGCUGCUCCAAAGGAAGAAGCUGCUCCAAAGAAGGAAGAAGCUCCAGCUCCUGCUGCUGCUGCCCCAACCCCAGCUGCUGCUCCAAAGAAGGAAGCUCCAGCUCCAAAGAAGGAAACCACUGCCCCAGCUCCAAAAGAAACUGAAUCCGGCUCAUUCACUGGUUUCAGCAGAGGUGAACAUCGUGUCAAGAUGAACCGUAUGAGAUUGAGAAUUGCCCAACGUCUUAAGGAAUCCCAAAACACUGCUGCCUCAUUGACCACUUUCAACGAAGUUGACAUGAGUGCUGUCAUGGCUCUUAGAAAGAAAUACAAGGACGAAAUCAUCAAAUCAAAGGGUAUCAAGUUUGGUUUCAUGGGGUUGUUCUCCAAGGCUGCCACUUUGGCCAUGAAGGAACUUCCAGCUGUUAACGCUCAAAUUGAUGGUGCUGACACCGUGUUCCACGACUACGUUGACAUUUCUGUCGCUGUUGCCACUCCAAAGGGUUUGGUCACUCCAGUUGUCAGAAAUGCCGAAUCUCUUACCGUUUUGGAAAUCGAACAAGAAAUCUCCAGCCUUGGUAAGAAGGCCCGUGACGGUAAGUUGACUCUUGAAGACAUGUCUGGUGGUACUUUCACCAUUUCUAACGGUGGUGUUUUCGGUUCCCUUUAUGGUACCCCAAUCAUCAACAUGCCACAAUGUGCCGUUCUCGGUUUGCACGGUGUUAAGGAAAGACCAGUUGCUGUCAACGGUCAAGUUGUCAUAAGACCAAUGAUGUACUUGGCUUUGACUUACGAUCACAGAAUUGUCGAUGGUAGAGAAGCUGUUACUUUCUUGAAGACUGUCAAGGAAUUGAUUGAAGACCCAGGUAAGAUGAUGUUGAUGUAA